AUGUUCAAUCUUAAUGAUCUAGCAACACUUCUUGGGCAGCAGCAGCAGCUGCUAAGAAGUCCCCCUCAGGCGGCGCCUGAUCUUCCUGAAAUUACCAGACUGAUGAUGCUUCCUGAUGACCUAGUUGGUUGCGUUAUCGGACGCGGAGGCUCAAAAAUUAAUUCAAUUCGACGGGAAUCUCAGGCAUUCAUAAAAAUAGCUGACGCUGAGGAAGGCUCCAAUCUACGCAGAAUCACGAUCAAAGGAAAUCCGGAUUCAGUUCGAUCAGCUGUAGAUAUGAUUAAUUACACGUAA